GUUAAAGACAGAAAAGGAAAGUGGCGGGAACUGUGUGUGCAGUUUUCGUGAUAACAAUAAUAAAUACAUAAUAUUUCUGGCAUUAUACACUUAACCGUCAUCAUGCAGAAGUCAAUUAUGUCUUUCUUCAGUUCGAAGACGAAGGAGAAAGAUCCUGAAGAAAGUGUGACUGUCAAAAAAGAAGAUAAAUCUCCACUUAAGGUUAAAAAUGGAUCCCCAUCCAAAGAAAGUGACUCUCCUAUCAAGGUUCCGUCUCGGAAGAAGAAGGCCAGAAUCAUUGAGAGCGAUGAUGAAGAAGAGGAGGAGAAUGUGGAUAUUGUGAUGGAGGAAUCAGAAGAUGGCAGGGGAGAUAAUCCAGAUGUCAAAUCUAGUCAAGAGAAAUCUGAAGAGAAGCCCAUGAAGACUGUGACACCACACAAAGAUAAACCAGAAGCAAAGGAUUCUGGUGUGUCUUCCCAAUCGUCACCCUCCGAGCCAAGCACGCCUGUCAAAUCUCCAUGUGGAAUUCCUAAAAGGAAAACAGCAAGGAAAAGCAUAGGUGGAGGAAGUGCCGUGAAGAGGAAGAGUGUCUCACAGAGUCCAAAAGUGGACAGUCCUGCCAAGAGGAAGAAGAAGCUGAUCUCCGAUGGUGAUGAUGAGGGACUAGAGGCUAAAACAGGUGUAGAAGAAAUAAAGCAGGAUGACAUUGAGAUGGAAGAUGGCGAGUCUGAUGAAAAGAAAUCGGAAUCAAAAGACAAAGACGCAGAAACUGAAGCAAAGGAUGAGCUGAAAGACGAGGAGAAAGAUGACAAGGAGAAAGACGAGGAAAAAGAUGACAAGGAGAAAGACGAGGAGAAAGAUGACAAGGAGAAAGACGAGGAGAAAGAUGACAAGGAGAAAGACGACACGGGGAAAGACGAGGAGAAAGAUGACAAGGAAAAAGACAUUAGCAUGUCAGAGGAACAGGAAGACAGCCCAGAAAAGAAGAAAGACUCCAAGGGAAAGAAGGAAAGCAAGGGAAAGAAAGGGAAAUCUCCAGCAGCUGCCAAGAAGAAGACGGGUAAGAAAUCACCAAAAGCAGACAGUAAGAAGAAUGUAACGAAAAAAGGAAAGAAAGAAGGAAAAGGUAGUGACAAGGAAGAUGAGGAGAAAGAAGAGGUUAAAGAAGAAGUGAAAGAUGAAGAAGAAGAUGUGAAAAGUCAGAAGAAAGAGGAGAAGAAACCUGUUCACAGUUUUUUUGCUCCAAGAAAGCCUGUAAAAGUGGAAGAAAAAGAAGAGUCCAAAUCUGAAGUUAAAAAAGAAGAAACUCCAAAUAAAAAAGUAAAGAAAGAAAGCCCAUCUCCAAGCAGCGGGAGCAAAUCCUCAGAUGGAGAGUAUCGCCCCUCCAAGUCCAAGUACCAUCCUGUUGAUGAUGCCUGCUGGAAACACAAGGAAAAAGUACCAUAUCUGGCACUUUCUAAAACAUUUGAGGCCAUCGAGGAUACAUCUGCAAGGCUAAAAAUGAUUGAGAUCCUGUGCAACUUCUUUCGGUCAGUGAUUGUGUUGUCCCCUGGGGAUCUGCUUCAGUGUGUCUACCUGUGUCUCAACAAGCUGGCUCCAGCUUACGCCGGCAUGGAGCUGGGCAUAGGAGAGACCGUGCUCAUGAAGGCCAUUGCUCAGGCUACAGGUCGCAGUGUGGAUAAAAUAAAAGCAGACGCACAAGAGAAGGGAGAUCUCGGGUUGGUGGCUGAGAGCAGCAGAAGUACCCAACGAAUGAUGUUUGCACCACCGAAACUCACUGUGAUGUCAGUCUUUACCAAACUCAAGGAUAUUGCCAAUAUGACAGGGCACUCAGUGAUGACCAAGAAGGUGGAGAUGAUUAAAGGAUUAUUUGUCGCUUGCCGACAGUCUGAGGCUCGGUACAUAAUCCGAUCGCUGGGAGGCAAGUUGCGAAUCGGCUUAGCCGAGCAAUCAGUACUUACGGCACUGGGCAAUGCUGUCUUCCUCACCCCUCCAGGGCAAGAGUUCCCCCCGGAGAUGGUGGAUGCUGGGAAGGGUGUACCUGCUGACACCCUCAAGAAGAAAUUGGAUGAGGCAGCUCUUGUGAUCAAGACAACCUAUUGUGAGUUGCCGAACUAUGAUGCUAUCAUCCCAGUGCUGUUGAAGGAGGGUCUGGAGGAGCUGCCCAAACACUGCAAGCUGACCCCAGGUAUUCCCUUGAAACCAAUGUUGGCCCACCCAACAAAGGGUGUGAGCGAGGUGCUACGGAGGUUUGAAAACAUGGAAUUUACCUGUGAAUACAAAUAUGAUGGGGAAAGGGCACAGAUCCAUCUCCUGGAUAAUGGCAAGAUCCACAUCUACAGCCGGAACUCCGAGGACAAUACGUCCAAAUACCCUGACAUCAUCAAGCGGAUGCCGAAUGCCAUUACAGAGGAGGUCAAGUCAUGUGUCAUCGACACGGAGGCUGUAGCCUGGGACCCUGAGAAGAAGCAGAUCCUACCCUUCCAGGUCCUUAGUACCAGGAAGAGAAAGGAUGCGGACGUGGCUCAGAUUAAAGUCCAAGUGUGUGUGUAUGCCUUUGACCUUCUGUACUUCAAUGGCGAGUCUCUUGUCCAACAACCUUUCAGGAAGAGGAGAGAACUCUUGCGAACCAAGUUCACUGAGGUUGAAGGGGAGUUUGUAUUUGCCAAAUCUAUGAUUGCAUCCAAUACAGAACAGAUAGAGGAAUUCUUGGAUGAGUCUAUAAAAGGUAACUGUGAGGGGCUCAUGGUGAAGACUCUGGACGUGGAUGCCACGUAUGAGAUAGCCAAGAGGUCACACAACUGGCUCAAGGUAAAGAAGGACUACCUGGACGGUGUAGGGGACACCCUGGAUGUGGUGCCCAUCGGGGGCUACCUGGGCUCCGGCAAGAGGACAGGCUGGUACGGGGGCUUCCUGCUUGCCUGCUAUGACGAGGAGAACGAGGACUUCCAGUCCAUCUGCAAGAUUGGCACUGGUUUCACGGACGAGUACCUUGAGAAACACACUACUUUCCUGAAGGAACAUCUCAUUGAUAAACCCAAGCCCUACUACCAGUACGACUCCGGUCACGAACCUGACCAUUGGUUUGAUCCGGUCCAGGUGUGGGAGAUCAAGGUUGCUGACCUCUCAAUAUCCCCUACCCACAAGGCCGCAGCAGGACUGGUUGAUCCAGAAAAAGGUAUAUCACUGAGAUUUCCACGCUUUUUUCGUAUCCGUGAAGACAAGAAGCCGGAACAAGCAACAUCCGCCUCUCAGGUGGCCGAGAUGUACAACAACCAGCAUCAGAUACAGAACCAGCAGAAGGGAGGAAAGAAGGAGGAGGAUGAAGAGGACUUCUACUGAUGAAUUAUCCCAAAAUAUCAUAUUUAAUAAUGGACAUUUGUGAAAGAUACUGUGAAUAGGACAUCUGAGGGUCCGUUGUAAAGACAAUGAGGAUCCUGAUGGGGUGUUAUAAAAUCAUGACCAGGACCAAGAGUCAAACCUUCUGAUUGGGGAUCCAGCUGACCAAUCAUUCUGUAUACAUUCUAGCACUGAUUUGAUCUAACAGAACAGUACAGUCAUGUAACUUUGUGUUGUAGUGCUAGUUACAGUUCAAGGCCAAGAGCAAAUCUUCCCUGACUUAUGUAAAAGUAGAAUUUUUUGAAACAGCAUAAAUACUUUGAUCUACAGCUAUUUUUCUUAUAUUAGUGGUCUUGUAAAGAAGGGUGGCUAUUCAACAUGUCAUAUAAUGUAUCAUAUGUAUAAACUGCAUAACGUUUGACUUGUUUUACUGUGAGGACAGUCCUUGUAUGUCACUGGACUUUAAUUAUAAAUAGGCU